GAAUCAAGAUUGAAGCUUUAUAAGAGGUGGGGUUGGUCAAGGGACACGGCCCUCGCAGCAUUUAAAAGGCAUCCAAAUUGUAUGGUAGUUUCAGAAGAGAAUAUGACGAAAACAAUGGAUUUCCUUGUGAACAAAAGUGGUUGGCCAUCAACAGAUGUUGCUUCAAUUCCUCGAGUUAUAAAUACAAGCUUGGAAAAAAGAAUUAUCCCUCGGUGGUCAGUUGUUCGAAUUUUGCAAGCCAAGGGUUUGGUCAAGAAUAACUUGGCCUUGGGGACUUUCUUGCUACCGAGUGAGAGGGUGUUUUUGGAGAAGUUUGUGAUCAGAUUUCGGGAUGAUGUUCCUCAAUUGUUGAAGGUAUAUCAGGCUCGUGACAAGAGGAAGAACAAGAUCAUUCCAAGGCAUAUUCUGCUGGCUUGGAGGAACGAUGAAGAGCUUGGGAAGUUACUUGCAGGUGUUACCAUUGUUCAUGGCGGUGUCCUUCCCAACACCAACCCUGUUCUCUUUCCAAAGAAAACAGCGGACAAGGCUGCCAAAGAGCCCAAGUCUCUAAAGAAGGCUUAGUUUUCUCUAGUCAAUCGAUUUGCUUCUUUUUCAUUUGAAUUUACUUCCUUCUCACUUUCCGUCCAAACAAGCACGCAAAAUCUGCAAUGUUUGGAAAACUGCAUUUCAGAUUUGAGGGCUACUUUUCCAAGUCUAUUUAAGGGCUUUUGGUUCUCUUGAGGCAUUAUUUCCAGUGAACAAAGAGCAUAUUUCUUCAUGUGCUAAGAGAGAGAAACUCAUGUUCUUGAGCUUUCAAUUGCUUCUCUCUUAUAGCCUUUGCUGUAAACCAUAACUGUUCAUCAACAACAAUCAAUGUCGACUGGAGUUCUAGAAAAGGAGAUCAAGUAGAAGAAUUGUCAAGAGAUUUUGGGAGAGCUAAUGUGAUGGAGGUCACAUGGGUCGCUUGUCUUCAUAAUUUUUUUGUAAUGGUUUGUGUGAUGAUAAAUUUUUAAAUUCCACAUUAUAUUUGUGAAUACCUAUUAAACCCCCCCUUCUAGGUACUAGUGGAUUCAUUGGGCUAUAUUUUUUAAAAAUUUAUCCCUUUGAUGUAUACUCUAA